AUGACUAUUCAUUUUUUGCAUGAAUGCAGAUUUCAGACCUGUUUUCUGUCUCUUACAGAUCAGUUUGCUGUUGUGGGACCUGUAGCUCAUCUACUCGCUAUACCCGGUGAAGAUGUGAUUCUGCCCUGUUCUCUAAAACCCAACAUCAGUGCUGUAGACAUGAGAGUCGAGUGGUUUAGACUUGAUCUCAAAGACUCAGUAGUUCAUCUGUAUGAAGAUCAUGAAGAUAAAAACACAAAUCAGCUUCAGUCGUACAGAGAAAGAACUGAAGUGUUUAAAGAUGAACUACAGAAAGGAAACACAUCACUCAAACUCUCAAGAGUUCAGAUCUCUGAUGAAGGACUUUAUAAGUGUUUUAUUGAGUAUAAAUCCUGGAGUGAUGACAUCACUGUUGAUCUCAGAGUUGAAGAAACUGUAGGAAGGCCUCCACUCAUCACUGUAGAUGGAUUUGAUGUUUCUGGUGGACUUCAUCUUCAGUGUGAAUCUAAAGGUUGGUACCCUGAACCUGAACUUGUGUGGCUGGACAGUGAAGGAGUCACUUUGACAUCUGAAACUACAGACAAACAGAGAGAGACAGAUGGAUUCAGAGUGAAACGCAUGAUCACUGUAUAUAACAGAGACAGUAAAUAUCACUGUAGAGUCAAACUGGGACGUCACAUGAUGGAGACUGAGAUUAUUACAUCAAGUAAAAUGUUUAACUCUUUGAGGUCAUCAGUGAUCUUGAUUUCUGUUGGAUCUGUGCUCGGUGUGAUCGCUGGAUUACUGAUCGCUGUCUUCAUCUAUAGACACAAAGAACAACAAAGAAAGAAUCAGAGACUAAAGAGUGAAGAUCAGAGACUAAAGAGUGAAGAUGAGAGACUAAAGAGUGAAGAUCAGAGACUAAAAAAUGCUGAAAUAAUCACUCAAUACAUGAAACACUCAGUGGAUGUUACUGCUGAUAAAAGAGAGAAACUCAGUCAUUAUGAUCAAGAUUUUGUUAUGUUAUUUUACUUAAUCCCUUUUUCUUGUCUUUACAUCUUGAACUCUCUAGAACGUCAGAGAUUUUCACUAAGAGAGAAGGGGACUGUUGAAAGUGUGAAAUCACUGUUAAGAAAAUAUGCAGUGAAUGUGACUCUGGAUCCUGAUUCAGCUCAUCCACGUCUCAUUGUGUCUGAUGAUGGGAAACAAGUGAGAUAUGAAAAACAAUCAGGAACAGAGAAGGAUGAAGAUCAAAAGUCAAAUAACAAGUUUAACACAGAGCUCUGUGUUCUUGGAAAUGAAGGAUACACUUCAGGGUGUUUUUACUAUGAGGUGGAGGUGAAGGGGUUAACUUGGUGGUUUGUGGGUGUGGCCAGAGAAUCUGUUGAGAGAAAGGGGUCGAUCCUGCUGAAUCCUGAUAAUGGAUACUGGAUGUCUGGUUUGAGAGGAGGGUAUCAGGCUAGUGAGGGUACUUCAUGUGUCUCUCUUCCACUGAGUUUGGCGCCUCAGAGAGUCGGGGUGUUUGUGGAUUAUGAGGAGGGUCGAGUCUCUUUUUAUGAUGUGGAGGCUAUGUGUCAUAUCUACUCUUUUACUGAACAAUCUUUUAAUGAGAAACUAUAUCCUGUCGUUUCUUUAGGUUAUAUAACAUCUAAAAACUCUGCACCACUCAUUAUCUGUGAUCUCUAAUGAGAUUUGAUCUAAAAAUAUAAAUUCCCUCAAGAUAUUUGUGUAAAUUGAAAUUGUAUACACAUGGUUAUGUGUCAUUUUCAGAAACAUGUGAUGAUGAAUGAUGAUGGUAGUUUUUGUCCC